GUCAACCUGAGUGCACUCCCAGCUGUGCCCUGCAAGGGCUGAAUGCCAGCACAGGCUCGGGUCCGGCACAUUGCUGGUGGAGUACCCCUCAAAUGGACCUCUCUCGCGCACCACUUCAUCCAGCCCUUCACGAUCUUGAGAAUCUUCAAUCAUGAGCGGCGUCUCGGGGUCAACAAAUUGCAAGGCGCCUUACUGGGCAUUCCCUAUCAAGAACAACACUAUUGGUGAUGGUGUUGCUUUGAACAGAGGGCUCCCUGUUAGCAUAGGGGGCCAGCCGCAGGGUAUGCGAUUGACCUUCUUUUGGAACAACACCAUCAUUGAGAAUGGCGAAGACUGCAGGUCGUUAACCAACGGCGCCUCGAAUGCAACAAGUUGUGUUGGUCGCUCUGGUGGCGUCUUCUUUGUCGAAAAGAGCCCAACUUGGAAAGCAGCACCGGAUGGAGGAUGGAACGGGAGUACGAUUGACCCAGUGAACAAUGCAACCUACCAGGAGACUUCACACAUUCUUCGUGGAUGGGACACGGCGACUUUCAGUGGAGACAUACAAGUCCCUGGGUAUCCACUUGCCUUGUGGACGGAAACGUAUAUCUCCAAUCGUACCGCUCUUGGGCUGGGCUCAAAUGACUCGUCGACGAUAAAAGCUUUCGUUAAGGCUGGAUUAUUUGACGAAGUGCCUGGCGAAGUUGGAAUAUUUAUGGCGAGUCGAAGUGAACUUCAUUCCACCGACGGGGAAAUAGUUUUUGGCGGUUACGACACAUCACGCGUAAAUGGCUCUUUCACUUGGUUCCCUAUCGGCAAUCGGUUCGCUGGACUCAACUGCCCCUUUCAAGUUCUUGUGGACGGUGCAACCCUCGUGACCUCCAACAGCUCAAAUUCCCUUCUUCCAUCAUCUGGAUUCUCCAAGAUUCCCUUCUGCAUAGAUCCAGUUCAGAACGCGUUCACCUUUACCCAGGAAAUGUGGCAAACGUGGACAAACCUUACAAAACACCCAAAGGCUACUGACGAUUCGCCCCCAUAUACAGAACAAACAUAUCCUUGGUCGAGUGAGUCCUUGAUGGGAGAGCUCCAGAUCAAGAUGAGCAAUGACCAGGGCCAGGCGUAUACCUCCACAAUUCCGCACUUUGAGAUGGUAUCGCACGAGCGAUAUCAGAACAGCAAAGGACUUUACACCGUUACCAACACAAGCAGGGCCAUGUCUGCCGUCGUCUCUCCUGAAGGUGGGAUGCUGAACGUGCCACUACUUGGCGGAGUCUUUCUUUCGCAAAACUACAUGGUUAUCGAUUGGGCGGCUGGAAGGUUCGGGCUUGCUCCCGCAUCGAUCCAACCUUGGGAUUCCUCAAAACGAAACAUCGCCGCAUUUUGCUCGAAUCCUCCAAAGAAAUCCUCGCAUACUACUGCGAUUGCUGUCUCGGUUGUUCUCGGUUCCUUGCUUCUCAUCUCCGCUCUUUUGCUAGCUUGGUUUUGGCGGAGAAGGAAAUCACGAAAAUCCCAGGCAGCAGAACUCGAAGCACUCGCCGUGCGGUCCGACCCGACAAACCCCUUCACUGGCGACGUUGAACUGUCGGAUAAGUCAGCGCACGAAUUUCCGUGUGUGCAUGAGGCUGACAGUAGCCUUGCUCCAAUUGAGAUGGAUGGGACCGAUGCCUAUUCGAAGGGACCCGGCGAUAGGAAAUAUGAGCUGGCAUCGCCUACUUAAUAGCGGUUGAAUUAUUUUUAAGGCCUCGGCCUGUAUUGCUCGCGUAUCUAAGGAGUUCAGGAAAGGACAAGAGAAGUGUCUACACGAAGGGGAAUUCGGACUGCGAGUUUCUAUCACCAUAUUGUCUUUGCAUCAUUCCCAAGCACUCUGUCGGUAUUGCUCUCAUAGGGAAGGAGUUCAGGAGAGGACUGGGGUGGGAAGGAUAAGCUGUUGAUACCAUAUUGUUCAAAUUUCCUUUCUCGCUGUCAUUUAUCUCAGUUUCAGCACCUGCAUAAUACCAUUCCCCAUUUCAGCAGACACUCUGGACUCUUAAAAUACACCCAUCCCAAUUUCGGCCCCGACUGCUUCCACCCAAUCUCUCUUGCACCACCUUAUUAUAGCCCCUCACAUCCUCGAUUGGAUACGACAAGUAGCUUAUCUCCUAUCGAUAAAUU